AUGUGCAACGUGAGCUAUUCUAUCAGCUGUUCAAAAGUCUUCACCUCCAGGUGGGGUCGAGGAUUUGGACUGUUGGGCUCGAUCUUCGGAAAAGACAGUGCAAUGAACCAGCCAAACAGUGUGUACGGAAUCAUAUUUUAUGUCUUUCAACUGUUACUAGGAAUCACCGUGAGGGGCUCUCUCUACCUGGGCUACAUCCUCUACUUUGUCCUCAAGGACUUCUGUGUCAUCUGCAUCACCACAUAUGCACUGAACUUCAUUCUCUUUAUGCUCAACUACAAGCGACUGGUUUACUUGAACGAGGCCUGGAAGCAGCAGCUGCCGGUCAAACAGGACUAA